AUGGGAAAAAAAUUUUCUAAAUUAUCGCAAUCUUCCUCCAAUGAUAACGAAAAUGAAUUGGAAAGAUCAAAUGUACCAAAACCUUUUAAAUACGUUGACGGAAAAAGAUACCAUAAUGUAACAAGUUUAAGAUAUCAUUUACCAAAUGAUGGUGAUGAGUUCGAUAGAUUACAAAUGCAACAUUAUUUAUCAAGAUAUAUUUGGCAAUCAAAUUUUUCCGCUCCUGUACAUGAAUUAUUAAGGAAUGGUGGUGAAGAUAUCAGGGUUCUUGAUGUUGGUUGUGGACCAGGAACGUGGAUUUUAGAAAUGUCAUCCGAUUAUCCUCAAACUGGAAUGUUUCAUGGCAUAGAUAUUGCACCUAUAUUUCCUGAUACAAUUAAACCAUUUAAUGCAACGUUUUCUAUACAAAAUGCAUUAGAAGGUUUAAAUUUUCCGGAUAAUCAUUUUGAUUAUGUCUAUAUGAGAUUCCUUACAGCAGCAUUUUCAACUGAACAAUGGGAAACUAUUGUUAUACCUGAACUUGUUCGUGUAACAAAAAAUGGAGGUUAUAUAGAAAUUAUGGAAUGGGAUGUAAAAAUAUAUGGACAAGGACCAAUUGCUAAAAGAUUAAUGGAUUCGUGUAACUAUCAAAGUUUUAUUUAUUUAUUUAUUUAA